AUGGAGAAUGGCUCUGUUNCAGACAAUGUUGACUCAAAAGUAUCAAAUGAUAACAAAGCUCCACAGCAGAAGAAAGGGAAAAAAGACAAAAAGAAACAACAUAAACAAGAAGAGGAAGACAUUGAUGCAAUCCUUGCUGCCCUAGAAGAGCCUUCAGAAAAACAAGAAGGAAAGAAAAGCAAAAAAGAGAAAAAGAAACAGCAACAAGAAGAAAAUGAAAAUAGAGAACCUAGUGUAGAAACAGAAGUAAAAACAGAGGAAAGAUCUCAAAUUAAUGAUUCCUCUGAAGUGACAGAGCAGGGUAGUGAAGAUGUAAAAGAUGUAGAUAAAACGGAGGAAGAAGGAGGCAGUGAAGCUAAAGAUGUUGAGGAGGACGAAGGGAAAUUUCAUGUAAAGACAGCAGCUGAAAAGAAAAAGGAGAAGAAAGAAAGAGAAAAGAAGAAGAAAUUACAAGAAAAGGCCAAGAAACAAAAGUCAGCCUCAGAGGCUCCGUCAGAGACGAUAACUGCUCCUGAACCAGAAGCAGCUUCAGCAGAUGCAGAAAUAAAACCAGAAUCUACACCAGAAGAACACAAAGCAGAUGGAGAGGAUGCCAGGGAAGAAGGUGAAGAAGGAGAGGAUGGUGACAAGAAGAAGAAAAGGGACAGGAAGAAAAAGAAAGGAGAAAAAGAAAAGGAAGAAAAGAAAAAGAAACCAAGUGCCCAGGUGAGGGCAAUGCAAGAACAACUCAAAAAGAUGAAAGAGGAGGAAGAACGUCUGAAACGUGAAGAAGAGGAGAGGAUACGACAGGAAGAGGAAAGAAUAAGAUUAAAAGAAGAGCAGAAAAGGCUGGAAGAGGAGAAAAAGCAGAAGAAAAAGCAAAAAGAAAAGGAGAGAAAAGAGCGCCUUAAGCAGGAAGGCAAGCUGUUGACUGAGAAGCAAAAGCAGGAUCGAAAGAGGGCACAGCAGAUGUUGGAAGUGAUGAAGCAGCAAGGUAUUGAGAUUCCAGAAGCUCCUGAUGCAAAGGAAAAGAAGAAACCUCGUUAUGAAAGGCUUAGAAAAAAGAGGCCAGGACAGCAAGAGGAAGAAAAAGAGCCAGACACACCAACCUCAGAAGCUCCUGAGUCACCAACCUCUGAGACAGCUGCUGAUGUGCAGAUUGAAGAAGAAAUUAAAGCUGAUGAGGAAGAGGAGGUAGAAGAAGAGCCCAAAGAUGCCUGGGAUGUAAGCAGUGAAGAAGAAGAGGAGGAGGAAGAAAAAGUUGACAAAAACAUUAAGGAAGAAACAAAAAGUAAAAAAGUGUCAGAGUCUCAGGAAGAAGAUGAGGAAGAGGAAGAUGAUGAUGAUGAGGACGAGGAGGAUUCUGAGGAAGAAAGUGAGGAAGAGUCUUCAGAGGAGGAAAGUGAUGAGGAUGUAGACCCGAAGGAGAAAGCUUGGGCCAGAAUUCUGAAAUUCAAAGAAGAAGCAGAGGCCAAGAGGUCUGUGGACUACCUGAGAGCACCUGUUGUAUGUGUGUUAGGCCAUGUAGAUACAGGGAAGACGAAGAUCUUAGACAAACUCCGUAGAACCAAUGUCCAGGACGGAGAGGCUGGUGGCAUAACACAACAGAUUGGAGCCACCAACGUGCCAGGGGAUGCCAUCCAGAGAGCCACUUCUAUGUGCAAAGAGUUUUCAAAACAAGAAUUUAAAAUUCCUGGAUUGCUGAUUAUUGACACUCCUGGUCACGAGUCUUUCAGUAACCUUCGAUCUCGUGGCUCCUCCCUCUGCGACAUAGCCAUCUUGGUGGUAGAUAUUAUGCAUGGAUUAGAACCCCAAACACUGGAGUCCAUUAAUCUGUUGAGGGACAGGAAGACACCUUUUGUAGUAGCUCUAAACAAGAUUGAUCGUUUAUUCCAAUGGAAGAGCAAUCCAAAUAACGAUGUUCAGAAUACAAUAAAGAAGCAGAGUAAGAACACUAAGGAUGAAUUUGAUGAAAGAGUCCAGGAAGUUAUUGUUCAGUUUGCAGAGCAGAGUCUCAAUGCUGCCCUGUUUUAUGAGAACAAAAACCCUCGCGAAUAUGUGUCCCUGGUCCCCACAUCUGCUCACACAGGGGACGGCAUGGGGAACCUGCUGGCUCUGAUCUGUGAACUAACACAAACCAUGCUGGCAAAGAGAAUCUCCUACAGUGAAGAGCUCCAAGCUACUGUCAUGGAGGUGAAAGCCAUCCAGGGUCUAGGUACAACUAUUGAUGUGAUAUUAGUGAAUGGUAAACUGGAGGAAGGUCAGACGGUUGUGGUCCCUGGAACAGAUGGUCCCAUAGUCACACAGAUACGUGGUCUCCUCAUGCCACCAGCCAUGAAGGAACUGAGGGUCAAGAACCAAUAUGAGAAGCAGAAAGUAGUCGUGGCAGCUCAGGGAGUGAAGCUGAUUGCCAAGGACCUAGAGAAGACUCUAGCUGGUCUGCCCCUGUAUGUGGCCAGGUAUCCAGAUGAAAUAGAGAUAUACAAGGAGGAACUGGCAAAUGCCCUGAAGGAUGUUCUUGGCUCAAUCAAGUUGUCUGAGCGUGGAGUGUUUGUCCAGGCGUCCACAUUGGGCUCCUUGGAGGCUCUGCUGGAGUUCCUUAGGACAUCGAAAAUACCUUAUGCAGGUAUCAACAUUGGUCCUAUACACAAGAGAGACAUCAUGAAGGCAUCUGCCAUGUUGGAUCACGAUAGUCAAUAUGCAGUAGUUUUAGCAUUUGAUGUUAAAGUGGACAGAGAUGCACAAGAGAUGGCAGACAGUCUGGGUGUGAAAAUCUUCUCUGCAGACAUCAUCUACCAUUUGUUUGAUCAGUUCAUGGCCUACAGAGAAGAACUGAAAAAGAAGAAACAAGAUGAGUUCAAACAUAUAGCUGUGUUCCCCUGUAAACUCAGGAUUUUACCGCAGUUUGUAUUCAACAGUCGCGACCCUAUUGUGUGUGGAGUCCAGAUCGAGGCUGGUUUUAUUAAAGAGGGGACACCAUUAUGUGUACCUAGCAAAGAAUUCCUAGAGGUAGGUCGCAUCUCCAGUAUAGAAUACAAUCACAAGCCAGUAGAGAGUGCUAGGAAAGGACAGGAAGUUUGCAUCAAGAUAGAGAACAUCCCAGGAGAAACUCCCAAACUUUUUGGGAGACAUUUUGAUGAAACCGACUUACUAGUCAGCAAGAUCUCCAGAGAGGCCAUUGACGCUGUUAAAGAUUAUUUCCGCGAUGAAAUGACAAAGACUGACUGGCAGCUGAUGGUGGAACUGAAGAAAGUUUUUGGCAUCUUGUAACACUCCCAUACAACUGGAAAGCACGCUUUUCUUUGAAAUAAAGUAAAAACUGGGGUUGUUGCUGGGGCAUGAAUGAUGUAAGGUGAAGCUGAAGG